GUGGGCAAAGGGCAGUAGGAAGUUUCUGCUGGGGUCUGGAUUUGGAGCUCCAGGGUUGGAUCGGCCCCGUAUGACCCCAAGCUAAGAACAAAAGAGACCCCAAAGAGUCUACAUGUCUAAUAUUUAGACAUGUUCAGCUUUGUGGAUUCUCGGUCACUGCUGUUGAUAGCAGCGACUGUCCUACUCACCCGCGGGCAAGGAGAGGAAGACAUCCAAACCGGGAGCUGCAUCCAGGAUGGGCUCACGUACAACGACAAGGACGUGUGGAAACCAGAACCGUGCCAGAUCUGCGUCUGCGACAGCGGCAACAUCCUGUGCGACGAGGUGAUCUGCGAGGACACCUCCGACUGCCCCAACGCCGAGAUCCCCUUCGGAGAGUGCUGCCCCAUCUGUCCCGACACCGACGCCUCCCCUGCCUACCCAGAGAGUGCUGGAGUAGAGGGUCCUAAAGGAGACACCGGCCCCAAAGGAGACAGGGGACUCCCCGGCCCCCCUGGCAGAGAUGGAAUCCCAGGACAGCCCGGACUCCCAGGACCCCCCGGCCCUCCCGGUCCCCCAGGCCUCGGCGGAAACUUCGCGCCCCAAAUGUCCUACGGCUACGACGAGAAGGCCGGAGGCAUGGCUGUGCCCGGGCCCAUGGGCCCAGCUGGUCCCCGUGGUCUCCCCGGCCCUCCCGGUGCUCCUGGUCCUCAAGGUUUCCAAGGCCCCCCUGGUGAACCCGGAGAGCCCGGUGCUUCUGGUCCCAUGGGUCCCCGAGGUCCCGCUGGCCCCCCUGGCAAGAACGGAGAUGAUGGUGAAGCUGGCAAGCCCGGCCGCCCCGGAGAGCGGGGUCCCCCCGGCCCCCAGGGUGCUCGAGGUCUCCCCGGAACCGCCGGCCUGCCAGGCAUGAAGGGACACAGAGGUUUCAGUGGUCUGGAUGGUGCCAAGGGUGAGCCUGGACCUGCUGGCCCCAAGGGAGAGCCCGGCAGCCCUGGAGAGAAUGGAGCUCCUGGGCAGAUGGGUCCUCGUGGUCUUCCCGGCGAGAGAGGCCGUCCUGGCCCAUCUGGCCCCGCUGGUGCUCGUGGCAAUGACGGUGCUCCCGGUGCUGCCGGUCCCCCCGGUCCCACUGGUCCCGCUGGUCCCCCCGGCUUCCCCGGUGCCGCUGGUGCUAAGGGUGAGACCGGUCCCCAGGGAGCUCGUGGCAGCGAAGGUCCUCAGGGUGCCCGCGGUGAGCCCGGUCCCCCCGGCCCUGCUGGCGCUGCCGGUCCAGCUGGCAACCCCGGUGCUGACGGCCAACCUGGUGCCAAGGGCGCGACCGGCGCUCCUGGCAUUGCUGGCGCUCCCGGCUUCCCCGGUGCCCGCGGUCCCUCCGGACCCCAGGGUCCCAGCGGUGCCCCCGGCCCCAAGGGCAACACCGGUGAGCCCGGUGCUCCAGGCAACAAGGGUGACACCGGUGCCAAAGGCGAACCCGGUCCCGCUGGUGUCCAAGGCCCCCCCGGUCCCGCUGGCGAGGAAGGCAAGAGAGGAGCCCGUGGUGAGCCCGGCCCCGCUGGGCUGCCCGGCCCCGCUGGCGAACGUGGUGCUCCCGGCAGCCGCGGUUUCCCUGGUGGUGAUGGCAUCGCUGGUCCCAAGGGUCCCCCCGGCGAGCGCGGCUCCCCCGGCCCUGUUGGCCCCAAAGGAUCUCCUGGUGAAGCUGGACGCCCCGGGGAACCCGGACUCCCCGGUGCCAAGGGUCUGACUGGAAGCCCCGGGAGCCCCGGUCCCGACGGCAAGACCGGCCCCCCUGGUCCCGCUGGUCAAGACGGACGCCCCGGCCCCCCCGGCCCCCCCGGAGCCAGAGGCCAGGCCGGCGUGAUGGGAUUCCCUGGCCCCAAAGGCGCUGCGGGCGAACCCGGCAAACCUGGCGAGAGAGGAGCUCCCGGUCCCCCCGGCGCCGUGGGCGCUGCUGGCAAAGACGGUGAAACCGGUGCCCAAGGUCCCCCCGGCCCCGCCGGUCCCGCUGGAGAAAGAGGUGAACAAGGUCCCGCUGGUGCUCCUGGCUUCCAGGGUCUGCCCGGCCCUGCUGGCCCCCCUGGCGAGGCUGGCAAGCCUGGUGAGCAGGGUGUCCCUGGAGACGCCGGAGCCCCCGGUCCCGCCGGUGCCAGGGGUGAGAGAGGAUUCCCUGGAGAACGCGGUGUCCAAGGCCCCCCCGGUCCCCAAGGUCCUCGUGGUGCUAACGGUGCUCCCGGUAACGAUGGUGCUAAGGGCGAUGCUGGUGCUCCCGGAGCCCCUGGAAACCAAGGGCCCCCCGGUCUGCAGGGUAUGCCCGGAGAACGUGGUGCUGCCGGCCUGCCAGGCGCCAAGGGUGACAGAGGUGACCCCGGUCCCAAAGGUGCUGAUGGCGCUCCUGGCAAGGACGGUCUCCGAGGCCUGACCGGUCCCAUCGGCCCCCCCGGCCCCGCUGGUGCUCCCGGUGACAAGGGUGAAGCCGGUCCCCCCGGUCCUGCUGGUCCCACUGGUGCUCGUGGUGCUCCCGGUGACCGCGGCGAGCCUGGCCCUCCCGGUCCUGCUGGAUUUGCUGGCCCCCCUGGAGCUGAUGGCCAGCCUGGUGCUAAAGGUGAAACUGGGGAUGCUGGAGCCAAGGGUGACGCCGGUCCCCCCGGCCCUGCCGGCCCCACUGGUGCUCCUGGACCUGCUGGUGCUGUUGGUGCUCCCGGUCCCAAAGGUGCUCGCGGAAGCGCUGGACCCCCUGGUGCUACUGGUUUCCCUGGUGCUGCUGGACGCGUUGGACCCCCCGGCCCCUCUGGCAACAUCGGCCUCCCCGGCCCACCCGGCCCCAGCGGCAAGGAAGGUGGCAAAGGACCCCGCGGUGAGACCGGCCCCGCUGGCCGCCCCGGAGAGCCGGGACCCGCCGGCCCCCCCGGCCCCCCCGGCGAGAAGGGAGCCCCCGGCGCUGAUGGCCCCAUCGGCGCUCCCGGCACCCCCGGACCCCAAGGUAUCGCCGGCCAGCGCGGUGUCGUCGGUCUCCCCGGACAGAGAGGCGAGAGAGGCUUCCCUGGGCUGCCCGGCCCCUCCGGUGAACCCGGCAAACAAGGUCCCUCCGGCUCCCCCGGCGAGCGCGGCCCCCCCGGCCCCAUGGGCCCCCCCGGCCUGGCCGGACCCCCCGGAGAAGCCGGACGCGAGGGCUCUCCCGGUGCUGAAGGUGCCCCCGGCCGUGACGGUGCUGCUGGUCCCAAGGGUGAUCGUGGUGAGACCGGCCCCGCCGGCCCCCCUGGUGCUCCCGGUGCCCCCGGUGCCCCCGGCCCCGUCGGUCCUGCUGGCAAGAACGGAGAUCGCGGUGAGACCGGUCCCCAAGGUCCUGCUGGCCCCCCUGGUCCUGCUGGUGCUCGUGGUCCUGCUGGUCCACAAGGUCCCCGUGGUGACAAAGGUGAAACCGGUGAACAGGGUGACAGAGGCAUGAAGGGUCACAGAGGCUUCUCCGGUCUCCAGGGCCCACCUGGUCCUCCCGGCUCUCCUGGUGAACAAGGUCCUUCUGGUGCUUCUGGUCCCGCCGGUCCCCGAGGUCCUCCCGGCUCCGCUGGUGCUGCUGGCAAGGACGGUCUGAACGGGCUGCCCGGCCCCAUCGGCCCCCCCGGCCCCCGCGGCCGCACCGGCGACGUCGGCCCCGUCGGUCCCCCCGGCCCCCCCGGGCCUCCCGGUCCUCCCGGCCCCCCCAGCGGCGGAUUCGACUUCAGCUUCCUGCCCCAGCCACCCCAGGAGAAGGCCCACGACGGCGGCCGCUACUACCGGGCCGAUGACGCCAACGUGAUGCGCGACCGCGACCUGGAGGUGGACACCACCCUCAAGAGCCUGAGCCAGCAGAUCGAGAACAUCCGCAGCCCCGAGGGCACCCGCAAGAACCCCGCCCGCACCUGCCGUGACCUGAAGAUGUGCCACGGCGACUGGAAGAGUGGCGAGUACUGGAUCGACCCCAACCAAGGCUGCAACCUGGACGCCAUCAAGGUCUUCUGCAACCUGGAGACAGGCGAGACGUGCGUGUACCCGACCCAGGCGUCCAUCGCCCGCAAGAACUGGUACCUGAGCAAGAACCCCAAGGAGAAGAAACACGUCUGGUUCGGCGAGACCAUGAGCGAUGGCUUCCAGUUCGAGUACGGCGGCGAGGGCUCCAACCCGGCCGACGUGGCCAUCCAGCUGACCUUCCUGCGCCUCAUGGCCACCGAGGCCGCCCAGAACGUCACCUACCACUGCAAGAACAGCGUGGCCUACAUGGACCAGGCCAGCGGCAACCUAAAGAAGGCCCUGCUGCUGCAGGGCGCCAACGAGAUCGAGAUCCGCGCCGAGGGCAACAGCCGCUUCACCUACGGCGUCACCGAGGACGGCUGCACGAGUCACACGGGCGCCUGGGGCAAGACAGUCAUCGAGUACAAGACGACGAAGACCUCGCGCCUGCCCAUCAUCGAUUUGGCUCCUAUGGACGUCGGCGCUCCGGACCAGGAAUUCGGCAUCGACAUCGGCCCCGUCUGCUUCUUGUAACCCCGGACGCCCCACGCGUGACAGGAGAGAGUAAUAAUAAUGAUAAAAAUAAUAAUAAUAAUAAAAAAAACCACAAAAAAAAACCAGCCAAAAAAAAAAAAGGAGAAAAUUUCACAUGGACUUGAAUUUGUGUCGGUUUCUAUCCAGCGUCUCUGAAACAACUCCAGUUGUGUUGCCGUAAGAGAAAAACCUCAAAAACCCUCCCAAAAAAAAAAGCAUUCAACCAAAAAAAAACCAAAUAAAAAAUACAAAUAAAUGACUUUUUCAAACAAAAUCACCAGGAAGUGGGUUCGCUUGCUUGCCCCCCCCUCAUUCCUCAGCCCCGGAGAUGGCAAAGCUCAGCUCCCCGAAGGGUCCCCGAGCCCCCUGGGACCCCCAGGCCCCCCCCAGCCCCUUCGCUUCUUGCAUCUCAUUAGAAUUUUAAUUUUUGCUGCGAGGAAGAUGUUGAACUCCUGGUUAUAAUUUGCUUUCCCCCCUUGUUCUGCCUCUUUCUCUCCCCUCUCCUCCUUAUUUUUUAUUUGGAUAUUGCUGAUUUUGAGUUCUCUCGAUUUCCUUCCCUUCUGGUUAGUUUUUGUUAUGAUUUUUUUUGUUCGUUUGUUGUUUGUUGUUCAUUUUAUUUUUAUUCAGGCAGCAAAACCAAUUCACUCCCAGGCCCACCGGGGGAGCCCCCGCCGCGGAGCAGCUCCGGCCCUGCGCUGACCCCCCUGUCCGGAUGGCUACCUCACCACUCUCGGGGUGCUUCAUCGUCUUUUUGAGUCUGAAUUUUUGGGGUUCUUUUUGUUUUUUAGCUUCGUUUGGAGCUUUUCAGCCGUGCCGGGACUUUCCUGCCAGGUUCAGAGCAAAGGUGCUAAUUUUCCCCCCUCGUAUUCCCCCUCUUUUCGGUUUCUUUGUCGUUCUCUUAUUUUGAUUUUCCUUUGGAGGUUUCUUUCCCUCAGGAUUUUUAUCCUGGUUUUGGUUUUUUUUUUAAUUGUUAUUUUUAAAUAUUCUCUUUAAUUUUGGCCCCGGAACACCUGACCCCGGGACCGCCUGGUGCUACAACCUCCAAAGAGGUCUCAGCUUGGUCUGUUUUAAUUCCCCUCUAUUUUAUGGUUUAUUCCCCUCCUUUUUUUUUUGCUGCUCAGCUCCACUCGGGAAUUUUCCAAAGGUGCUACUCUCCCCUCCCCCCGCCACCUCCAUCACCCCACAAGCAAAUCCCGCAAAGCAAGAGCCAUAAAAUUCCAAGGGAAAAAGGGAUAAAUCGAGUUUCCAGAUUGAGCAGGUGGAACUUCAGCUCCGCUCUCAUCUUCCAGCAGCUUUUUCUCCAUCCAUCCAUCCAUCCAUCCAUUGAUCCAUCCCACCCUCCAUCCAUCCAUCCACGCCUCCAUCCCUCCUCCAUCCCCGCAUCCUCCCCGGGCACGGAGGGGCACGAACCCACUCCCUUUGCCGGGCCCGUGCUCCGGCCUUUCCCGGGGCUUGUACCUAGUUUGUAUAAUGUAUAAUAAUAAUAAUUAAUUAAUAAUAAUUUUAAGUGGUUUUGGGGUUUUCUUCUUCUUCUUUUUUUUUUUUUUUAAAUGGAUUUUUUUUUUUCUGACUGCUGAAAUAAAGGCAUGUGAAAUGA